UCCUCCUGGCCAGCCUCCUCCUCCUCCUCCUCGCCGGCCGGCCGCCGCUGCUCACCUGAGGCGCCAGGCAAAGGAGGCCAGGAGGCGCCGCCCCUCGGGAGGCCAUCGCCGCCGCCGUCAGCCCGGCCCUGGGGGCGGCGGCGAGGGCCAGAAGCCAUGGCCAGGGCUCCGGGCGUCUAAGGAGGAGGAGGAGGGGGAGGGGGAGGAGAAGCCGCAGAGGCCUGCGAGUCCCAGGCGCCGGGGGAGGCUGUGGGUCGGGCGGAAAGGGGCCACAAGAUGUCCUCCACCCGCACGCCGCUGCCCACCGUCAACGAGCGGGACGCCGAGAACCACACUUCUGUUGAUGGCUAUACUGAGCCCCAUGUACAGCCCACGAAAUCAAGUAGCAGACAGAACAUACCUCGUUGCAGAAACUCAGUUACAUCUACAAACGAAGACCAUCCUCACAUUGGGAAUUAUCGCUUGUUAAAAACAAUAGGAAAAGGAAAUUUUGCUAAAGUAAAGCUUGCUAGACAUGUUCUAACUGGUAGAGAGGUUGCUGUGAAAAUAAUAGACAAAACACAGCUAAAUCCUACUAGCCUUCAAAAGUUAUUCCGAGAAGUACGAAUAAUGAAGAUAUUGAACCAUCCUAAUAUUGUUAAAUUAUUUGAAGUUAUUGAAACAGAGAAAACCCUAUACUUAGUAAUGGAAUAUGCCAGUGGAGGAGAAGUUUUUGAUUACUUGGUUGCACAUGGAAGAAUGAAAGAGAAAGAAGCACGUGCAAAAUUUAGGCAGAUAGUGUCUGCGGUGCAGUACUGUCAUCAGAAGUGUAUUGUUCACCGGGAUCUCAAGGCUGAAAACCUUCUUCUUGAUGGAGACAUGAAUAUUAAAAUUGCAGAUUUUGGGUUUAGCAAUGAAUUUACUCUUGGCAACAAACUGGACACUUUUUGUGGAAGCCCUCCAUAUGCUGCCCCUGAACUCUUUCAAGGAAAGAAAUACGAUGGCCCCGAAGUGGAUGUCUGGAGUCUAGGAGUUAUUCUUUACACUCUCGUCAGUGGAUCAUUACCAUUUGAUGGGCAAAAUUUAAAGGAACUGAGAGAACGAGUAUUACGAGGGAAGUACCGGAUACCAUUCUACAUGUCCACAGACUGUGAAAAUCUACUGAAAAAAUUACUUGUAUUGAAUCCAGUCAAGAGAGGGAGUUUAGAACAAAUAAUGAAGGACCGAUGGAUGAAUGUUGGUCAUGAAGAAGAAGAAUUAAAGCCAUACACUGAGCCUGAACCAGAUUUUAAUGACACCAAAAGAAUAGAUAUUAUGGUCACUAUGGGUUUUGCAAGAGAAGAAAUUCAUGACUCUUUAAUAAACCAAAAAUAUGAUGAAGUAAUGGCUACUUAUCUGCUCCUAGGCAGAAAACCACCUGAGUUCGAGGGAAACGAGUCUCUGUCCAGCACUAACCUGAGUCAAAGAUCUCGGCCAAGCAGUGACCUCAACAACAGUUCUAUGCAAUCUCCUGCUCAUCUGAAAGUCCAGCGGAGCAUAUCAGCCAAUCAGAAACAGCGUCGGUUCAGUGAACAUGGUGGGGAUGGCAUUCAACCAAUUGGCCCAUCAAUCCCUCCUGCUGUCUCAUACUCAAAAAGAGCUCAGGCAAAUAGUGUGGAGAGUGACCAUAAAGAGGAAUGGGACAAAGAUGUACCACGUAAACUGAGCAGCACUACAGUUGGGUCCAAAGGUGAGAUGACAGCAAGUCCAUUGGUGGGCCCCGAAAGGAAAAAAUCAACUACGGUUCCAAGUAAUAAUGUGUUUUCUGGGACUAGCAUGACAAGAAGAAACACCUACGUCUGUGAACGGUCUACAGAUCGCUAUUCCGCCAUUCAGAAUGGGAAAGACAACAGCCUAACAGAAAUGUCUGCAAGCAGUACUUCUUCUGCCGGCUCUGCUGUAUCAUCUGCAGUAUCAACACGGCCUCGACACCAGAAGUCCAUGUCUGCCUCUGGUCAUCCUAUAAAAGUUACGUUGCCAACUAUCAAAGAUGGCACUGAAGCUUAUCGACCAAGCAGUACAACUCAAAGAGCACCUGCUGCUUCCCCGUCUGCUCACAGUAUUAGCACUACCACUCCAGACCGAACCCGCUUUCCUCGGGGGAGUUCAAGCCGAAGCACUUUCCAUGGUGAGCAGCUACGGGAGCGGCGGAAUGCCACUUACAAUGGGCCACCUGCAUCACCGUCACAUGAAACAGGCACGUUUGCUCAGAGUAGAAGGGGGACAUCAACCGGCAUUAUAAGCAAAAUAACUUCCAAAUUUGUUCGCAGGGAUCCCAGUGAAGGCGAAGCCAGUGGCAGAACCGACACCUCAAGGAGUGCUUCCGGGGAGCCCAGAGAGAGAGAGAAAGAGGACGGCAAAGAUUCUAAGCCACGGUCUUUGAGAUUUACCUGGAGCAUGAAGACGACAAGUUCCAUGGACCCAAAUGAUAUGAUGAGAGAGAUUCGAAAAGUGUUAGAUGCAAAUAACUGUGACUAUGAACAAAAAGAGAGAUUCCUGCUCUUCUGCGUUCAUGGCGAUGCGCGGCAGGACAGUCUGGUCCAGUGGGAGAUGGAGGUCUGUAAAUUGCCGCGCCUGUCGCUCAACGGAGUCCGCUUCAAGCGAAUAUCUGGGACUUCAAUUGCCUUUAAAAACAUUGCAUCCAAAAUAGCCAACGAGCUUAAGCUGUAAAGAGCAACGGCACUUCUGGGAUCAGGGAAGAUUCAGCUUACAUUUUGAAUGUACUGGUUAUGCCUAACAUGAUUGGCCUAUGACACCCCCCCAUGUAGAAAUUGUCCCUGUUGCAAUAAGGUUAUACAUAGUUAUUCUGAAUUGUAAAAUUUAAUUCAGUAUGACCUACCUUAAAAGGAAAAAAAACAUACUGUAGCUAAAGAAGUUAUGCUCACAUGUACAGGUAAGUAUAUAGAGCGUUCUUUUUUGUUUUAUGUCCAUAGAAUUGUAUAAAAAGAAGGCUUAAAUACAGAUCUUGUAUAGUUAUCUAAA